AAUGUCCCUCCGGCAAGCUGGCAACCCUGGCCGUGAUGCGUUGCCCCAGGCAACUGGACACUUGUUUUGUCAAUAACAAAACCAGCUAAAGACACAGCCGGUUUAGGUUCGAACACAUUGUACAAGGAGCACAGCAAAUGCCUCUGCUUGAAGCGCCAGCCGAGCACUCGGAAUCCUCGCCGGAGCACUCACUGCAGCCGGAGAUACCUCUGUUGCUGGCUCCACUGCUGCCAGGCCCUGCAGCACUCGCCCAGUUACGUGCGCCCACAGCCGAGGCGCGACUGCAGCAGCAGCAGCAGCAGCAGCAGCUGCAGCUGCAAGUGGAACGACAAAAUCGUCGCCAGUUGGAACGGCGCAACUCCUUCGACCGGGAUGAGCCCAUUGUGGAGGAGAGCGAGCACUUUCCAGCGUUCGUGCAUCUGCUGCCUGUGGUGCUGCCGCCACAGCUGCCGGAGCCAACGCUUGAUGAGCUCUUGCGUCGCGUUACACAGCGCACGGAUCUGGAGCAAGUAGAGUCGGUGCGUCUGCGUGUCAUUUCCUACUCGGUGAGCCUGUCCCGGCUUUCGCUAUUCCUGCCACGACUGCAGCAAUUGGAUCUCAGCGGCAGCGUGCUGAGCUCCCUGCGCGACCUGGGCUACGGCCUGAUGCAGCUCACGCACCUGAACAUCAGUAAUUGCGGCCUCAACAGCUUCGAUGGCACCAGCGGGCUGCCUAAUAUACGAGUUCUAAUAGCCGAUGGCAACAUGAUACAGCGCGUGGGUCCCUUGACGGAGCUGAGCCAGCUGCAGAGGUUGCAGGCGCGCAACAAUCGCAUCAGUGAACUGGGUCUGCUCUCGUUUCUGGGUCUGUGCCCCCAGCUCAUGGAGCUGGAGCUCAGCGGUAAUCCCGUCUGUCGUCUGCCUCUAUAUCGCGACAUGCUGAGACGCAGCGUGGCCACUCUACAGAUUCUGGAUGGACAGUCCAUUAAUGACGAUCAGCUGGAGACAAACGCUGAGCAAGACGACAACCACAGCUCCUUGUCCAGUGACUCGGAGUCGGCCGCAAGGCCGGCAACUGCACCACAGAACAACAACAACAACAAUGUCAACAACAAUGCUGCAACUCGACGAGCUGCAUCAGCCUUCGUCACACUGGAUUCGACACGCUAUCAACGCCAAUCCUCCACGUCCAGCACACCUGUUGCCGGCUCAGUGUUGGGUUUGGUGCGCCAGCGACGACGACGCAGCGGUCAUGCCUGGGUCAGCUCCUCCAGCGGCUCAUCGUCGGGCAGCUCCUCAGCCGCCUCGACACGUGCGCCCUCCAUCAGCUCAGCCUCCUCGCACAGCAGCUUGGACAUGCACUCCGCCUCCUACAGCUUCAAUGCGCAUGGCACUUUCGAUUAGAAAUUGCUCACAA